GUAUUCUGUUCCCUACCUGCUUUCCCUCCCUUUUUUUCUGACCAAUGAUAUGAGAGAGCCAAUGCUUUUCUGUAUCCCCGCACCCUAUAUAAAUCGAACAUACUCCUUCAGUUCAUUACAAAUCUUCAAACCAAAAGUAUGGCUCGUACAAAGCAGACAGCUCGUAAAUCCACUGGUGGCAAGGCGCCUCGCAAACAGUUGGCAACUAAGGCUGCUCGCAAGAGUGCCCCAGCCACUGGCGGUGUCAAGAAACCCCAUCGUUAUCGCCCUGGUACCGUUGCCCUUCGUGAGAUCCGUCGUUAUCAAAAGUCGACCGAGCUCCUCAUCCGCAAGUUGCCUUUCCAGCGCUUGGUCAGGGAAAUUGCUCAGGAUUUCAAAACCGACUUGCGUUUCCAGAGCUCAGCCGUCAUGGCUCUUCAAGAGGCUAGCGAGGCGUACUUAGUGGGUCUUUUCGAAGACACCAACUUAUGCGCUAUCCACGCCAAACGAGUCACUAUCAUGCCCAAGGACAUCCAGCUGGCCCGUCGUAUCCGUGGUGAACGUGCUUAAUUGCAUUUUUGAUCCUUCAGUUCCCAAACGGCCCUUUUCAGGGCCACAACAUUUUCAGCUAAGGGAUCUAAACUUCUUUAGCUUAAUCAAAGAAAUUCAUUUCUAAAAUCUUGAUUAUCACUUGUGCUUGGUUAAAGUUCAGGUGUAAGGCCGAUUAAUGGUAGCAUACUUUUGUUAUAAUUGAAACCGAUGUGGAACUGUUCUUAUGAGCAUUUUAAAAUUCAUAAGAAAGAAUGAUGUAGGUCUAUUUAUUACCGAACUUCUAGUGAAAAAUACAAUAUAAACGUGAA